AUGCUGAACUUGCACACACAGUACUUUGCCUACGGCUUAGGCAUCUUAGUGGUGUACCUGAUUGGAACUUUGAUCUUCAGCCGCAAACAACGAGCUAUCGUCUUCGACCGACUUCAAAUUCGGCGAAAUCGAGCAUCUGGUACAUUCACGCCGCCACGUUCGUUGUCGCCCGAGAAGCAAGGUCCGGCACCGAACAAACCACCACAAGGUCCGGACUAUGGCGAUAUCUUUCCACCUAGCCGUAGGUCUGCACUGGCUGAUCUACCAAGUGAUGCCUUGAAAGGGCCAGGAAACUCAACAGCAGUGCUAGCUGCUCGUGAGACAGACUAUAGCAAGCGUGUGCCGGACUGCGAGGUCGGCAAUACGGAGGAUCUCUCUGAGCACGCCACGGCUACUGGCUUCACAGUAGACGAGAUCCAACGGCUUGGCGACUUCCCAGAUUAUGCUGCACUGAGCGGCGUGCCACUUCCCCAACCGUAUACUGAGUUCGACAUCAAUAAGGCCCUGCCUAGGCCCUUCCGACCUUUCAGAUGGGCCUACCAUCAGACGAUGUCAUUGAUAAAGAUGGAAUCUGAUUGGUGGCUUGAGCUUGAGAAAACGUAUUCGGACCGCAUCAAACAGCGUGCCGAGCUGUUUGAGAAGUACGGCCCAAUGAUGCUGCAACAGCUCCCUGGUGCUGAAAUAGCUUCGAAAGAGUUGAUGGAGAUGUGCUUACAGUUCCUACGUGCACGAUACCCACAGUACUUCCAGCUCGAUCUUGAGCAUAUGAUCUUCCAUAACAGCAUCCUGGGCACUAAGACGGACUUGCGAGCAGUCGAGCCCUUGCAGGUCUUGUUGCAUAAUGUGCCGGAAGAUUUUGCCAUCAUGCUUCGCAAUCCGAUCACUGGCAUCUACAGCUUCCGAGCUGGUAUUAUCUGCAGCAGUCUCGGCUGGAACCUUGGCACAAAGAUUGGUCUCAAGCUGCAUGAAAUCCAUGGUGUCGUUCCCGAUUACAAGGAGAAGAUGCAAUUCUCCAUGGACCGAUACUUUGCGAAGAAGCCCACCGAUAGAGCUAUACAGCGCGGUAGUUGGGGACUGGAGAUUGACGAGCCACUAUUCAUGCCGCCGGACGAUCCUCACGAGAAGCUGCGAGAGGCGCAAGAUCCUACCCAUACUAUCGACCGCUGCCAUCUCCGAGUCGACUGGCAGACACUUCGCCGACUUCCACUAUCGGGAGCGAUCGUCUUCAAUUUCAAAGCUGUCUUCACACCAGUCAAGGAGUUCAGGGACGAACCAUACAUUCCCACGCUGAUAUUAAAGGUUCUCAAGGAGGGCAAGAAGAAUUUGAUGGAGUACAAGAAUACGUGGCAUACGGAGCAUGUGGUCAUGCGAGCCUUGGAGGAGUAUGAACGUGAGCAGGUCGAGAAGGGCUUGAUAGAGAAGGAUUGGGAGCCUCAUACGCUGGACGAGUCACCGUUUUAUCCUGGGUGGGAGGAGAAGUGGCAUAGGCAGCAAGGAUUUUGA